GGCCGCCCGUGGACGUGCUGGAGGCGCUGGGGCUGCCGGCGCUGCCGGCCGGCGUGAGCAGCGCCCUCGGGAUGUGCUCGGAGCCCGGCGGCGCCUUCCGCCUGGCGCGGCCCGCCCAGCUCAGCGCGCCCACCCGGCAGCUCUUCCCGGGUAAAUUCCCCGAGGAUUUCUCCAUCAUGGCGCUGGUGAAGGCCAAGGCCGGCCUCCAAGCCUUCCUGCUCUCCAUCUACGACCGGCACGGCACCCAGCAGCUCGGCGUCGAGCUCGGCCGCUCGCCCGUCUUCCUCUACGCCGACCAGCACGGCCGCCCGGCGCCCGAGGACUACCCGCUCUUCCGUGGCGUCGACCUCGCCGACGGCAAGUGGCACCGGGUGGCCCUGAGCGUCACCAAGCAGUCGGUGACGCUGCUGGUGGACUGCAAGCAGGUGGCGACGCGGCCGCUGCGCCGCUCGAGCCGCCCCGUCGUGGACACGCGCGGCGUCACCCUCCUGGGCGCCCGCCUGCUGGACGAGCAGCCGUUCCAGGGUGACAUCCAGCAGCUGCUCAUCGCCGCCGACCCGCACGCCGCCCGCGAGUACUGCGAGCUCUACGCGCCCCGGUGCGGCGGCGCCCACGGGCGCCCGCAGGCGCAGGAGCCGCCGCGGCCUCAGUACUCCGAGGAGGACGCGGAGUACUACGAGUACCCCUAUUACUACACCAAUAGCGAGGCCGGGCCGGUGCUGGGGGGCCACGCAGAGCAGGACGGGGGGCCCCCCGGCACGGAGGAGCCCUGGGCGGGCGGCAAGUACCCGGAUUACAGCCCGGCGCCGGCGCCCUGGCGCGAGCCGGCGCCCGAGGCCACCGGCUCCCCGGGGCCGCAGCAGCAGCAGGAGGAGGAGGAGGAGGAGGAAGGGGCCGCCAACGCGGUCCCCGGGGGCGGCCCCGAGUACGAGUACGUCUAUACGGACUAUGGCGAGGGCGCGGAGCCGCCGGAGCUGGGCCCCGCGCUCUCCGCGGAGACGCGGCCGAGCGCAGGCGCCGCGCGCGGCGCCAGGGGCUACAAGGGCGAGAAGGGCGAGCCGGCCGUCGUCGAACCGGGCAUGUUGGUGGAGGGGCCCCCCGGCCCCGAAGGCCCCGCGGGAAUGUCGGGACCGCCGGGGACGCAGGGACCACCGGGAGCCCCCGGAGAGCCCGGCGAGCGGGGACCCCCCGGCCGCGCCGGCCUUCCCGGCUCCGACGGGACGCCCGGCCCGCCCGGCACCUCCAUGAUGCUGCCGUUCCGCUUCGGGAGCAGCGGCGGGGACAAGGGCCCCGUGGUGGCGGCGCAGGAGGCCCAGGCUCAAGCCAUCCUGCAGCAAGCGCGGCUGGCCCUCCGCGGCCCGCCGGGACCCAUGGGCUACACCGGCCGGCCUGGCCCCAUGGGGCAGCCUGGAAGCACCGGCAUGAAGGGAGAAUCCGGCGACUUUGGUCCCCAGGGUCCCCGAGGCCCCCAGGGCCUGACCGGACCGCCAGGAAAGCCCGGCCGGAGGGGUCGGCCGGGCGCUGACGGCGCCCGCGGCAUGCCCGGGGAUCCCGGCAUUAAGGGUGACCGCGGCUUCGACGGGCUGCCGGGGCUCCCGGGAGACAAAGGGCACCGGGGGGACACCGGCUCGCAGGGCCUGCCCGGCCCCCCCGGCGAGGACGGCGAGAGGGGCGACGACGGCGACGUGGGACCCCGAGGACUGCCCGGAGAAGCGGGCCCCCGAGGCUUGCUGGGCCCCAAAGGCCCCCCGGGCAUCCCCGGCCCUCCGGGCGUUCGCGGCAUGGACGGUCCCAUCGGGCCCAAGGGCAACCUGGGGCCCCAAGGAGAGCCGGGCCCCCCCGGGCAGCAGGGGACGCCGGGCACCCAGGGGCUGCCGGGCCCGCAGGGCGCUACGGGACCUCCCGGUGAGAAGGGCCCCCAAGGGAAGCCCGGCCUGCCGGGCAUGCCCGGCUCCGACGGGCCGCCGGGUCACCCCGGGAAGGAGGGACCCCCCGGCACCAAAGGCAACCAGGGCCCGUCGGGUCCCCAAGGCCCCAUCGGCUACCCGGGCCCCCGCGGAGUCAAGGGCGUGGACGGCAUUCGGGGGCUCAAAGGCCACAAGGGGGAGAAGGGCGAAGAAGGUUUCCCCGGCUUCAAGGGGGACAUGGGCGUCAAAGGAGACCGGGGCGAGAUCGGCGUGCCGGGCUCCCGCGGAGAGGACGGGCCCGAGGGUCCCAAAGGGCGGACGGGCCCCACCGGAGACCCGGGUCCCAUCGGGCUGGUCGGGGAGAAGGGGAAACUGGGAGUCCCGGGCCUGCCCGGAUACCCCGGACGCCAGGGCCCCAAGGGCUCGCAGGGCUUCCCCGGAUUCCCGGGCAGCAACGGCGAGAAGGGCGCUCGGGGUCUGUCGGGCAAGUCGGGGCCCAGAGGCGAGCGUGGUCCCACGGGUCCCAGGGGCCAGCGCGGGCCACGAGGAGCCACCGGAAAGUCAGGYGCCAAGGGCACGUCUGGCAGCGACGGCCCCCACGGCCCGCCAGGCGAGCGGGGGCUGCCAGGACCGCAGGGGCCCAACGGCUUCCCGGGCCCCAAAGGGCCCCCUGGUCCCCCCGGCAAGGACGGGCUCCCCGGGCACCCCGGGCAGCGAGGAGAAGUCGGUUUCCAAGGCAAGACCGGCCCCCCGGGUCCGCCAGGGGUGGUGGGACCUCAGGGACCUGCUGGUGAAUCCGGCCCCAUGGGGGAGAGAGGCCACCCGGGCCCCCCUGGCCCCCCAGGAGAACAGGGGCUGCCAGGACCGUCCGGCAAGGAGGGCACCAAGGGAGACCCCGGGCCCAUCGGCUCCCCCGGGAAGGACGGUCCCGCCGGCCUGCGGGGAUUCCCCGGCGAGCGGGGCCUGCCCGGCACCCCGGGCGGCCCAGGGCUGAAGGGCAACGAAGGACCGGCCGGCCCCCCGGGACCCGCAGGCUCCCCUGGAGAGAGAGGUGGCCCCGGGCAAGGUGGCCCUGUGGGGCCCCCCGGGCGACCGGGCCCGCAAGGGCCGCCGGGCCCUGCCGGAGAGAAAGGAGUUCCWGGCGAGAAAGGCCCCAUGGGCCCUGCUGGCCGCGACGGCGUCCAGGGCCCCGUGGGGCUCCCCGGCCCCGCCGGCCCCCCCGGCGGCCCUGGGGAGGACGGUGACAAGGGCGAGGUGGGCGAGCCGGGCCAGAAGGGCAGCAAGGGCAACAAGGGCGAGCACGGUCCUCCCGGUCCUCCAGGGCCCAUCGGGCCAGUGGGGCAGCCCGGAGCGGCCGGCGCCGACGGGGAGCCGGGUGCCCGCGGUCCCCAGGGGCACUUUGGAGCCAAGGGCGACGAGGGGACGCGGGGCUUCAACGGGCCCCCCGGCCCCAUCGGGCUGCAGGGAUUACCAGGACCGGCUGGUGAGAAGGGUGAGACGGGUGACGUGGGUCCCAUGGGCCCCCCUGGACCUCCCGGCCCGCGUGGCCCAGCUGGACCCUCCGGAGCAGACGGACCCCAAGGACCUCCUGGAGGUAUUGGCAAUCUGGGGCCUCCUGGCGAGAAGGGGGAGCCUGGUGAAUCGGGGACCCCGGGUAUCCAGGGGGAGCCAGGAGUCAAGGGCCCGCGAGGAGAGCGAGGGGAGAAGGGAGAAGCUGGAGCCGCCGGAGUGGCCGGACCACCUGGAGGGAAGGGACCACCUGGCGACGACGGGCCCAAGGGCAACCCCGGUCCCGUUGGUUUUCCAGGCGAUCCAGGACCCCCAGGUGAAAUGGGUCCCAGGGGUCAAGACGGCGCCAAGGGUGAGCGCGGGGAGGACGGCGAGCCCGGUGAGCCGGGCUCUCCAGGUCCGACGGGUGAGAACGGUCCUCCUGGGCCCCUGGGGAAGAGGGGCCCUGCUGGCACCCCCGGCCCUGAGGGGCGUCAGGGCGAGAAGGGCGCCAAGGGAGAACCAGGCAUAGUGGGUGCUCCCGGCAAGACCGGCCCCGUGGGGCCCCAGGGACCCGCUGGGAAGCAGGGUCCCGAUGGCCUCCGAGGUCUGCCCGGCUCCGUGGGAGAACAAGGCAAACCAGGCACCACGGGCCAGGCUGGGCCGCCAGGACCAGUGGGUCCCCCCGGUCUCCCCGGCCUCAAAGGUGACACUGGGGCCAAAGGAGAGAAGGGUCACCCUGGUCUCAUCGGUUUGAUCGGACCGCCAGGAGAGCAGGGGGAGAAGGGAGACCGGGGUCUGCCCGGCCCCCAGGGCUCCACGGGGCAGAAAGGAGAAACGGGAAUCCCCGGAGCUACCGGACCCAUAGGCCCUUCUGGCCCUCCCGGACUUCCAGGCCCCGCCGGUCCCAAGGGUGCCAAGGGAGCCAUGGGCCAAGCGGGACCCAAAGGUGAACGUGGCCCUCCGGGACCCCCCGGACACCCGGGCCCCCCAGGAGAGGUGAUCCAGCCCCUGCCCAUCCAGCUGCCCAAGAAGAGCAAACGCUCCAUCGACGGCAGCAAACUCUUGGAGGAGGAGGAGGGCGAAGACGGAGAGCGGGCGGCCGCCGAUGAGGCGGCUCGCGACUACGCGGACGGCAUGGAGGAGAUCUUCGGCUCCCUCAACUCCCUCAAGCAGGAGAUUGAGGGGCUGCGGCGCCCCAUGGGCACCCAGGACAAUCCUGCCCGCACCUGCCAGGACCUGCAGCUCAGCCACCCAGGCCUUCCAGACGGAGAGUACUGGAUCGACCCCAACCAGGGCUGCGCCCGAGACUCCUUCAAGGUUUACUGCAACUUCACCGCGGGCGGGGAGACCUGCGUCUUUCCCAGCAAAGAGAUGCAGGAGGUGAAGAUGUCCACAUGGGAGAAGGAGACACCCCGGCAGUGGUUCAGUCAGUUCCGGGAGGGAAGCAAGUUCUCCUACGUGGACUCGGACAGCCAACCCCUUGGCGUGGUGCAGCUGACCUUCCUACGGCUCCUCAGCGUCUCUGCGCGCCAGAACUUUACGUACCACUGCCACCGCUCGGUGGCCUGGCACAGCACCGCUGCCGGGGACCACCAGCACGCCCUCCGCUUCCUGGCUGCCAACGAGGAGGAGCUCAGCUAUGACACCAGCCCCUACAUCAAAGCUGUGACGGACGGCUGCGCGGCACGGAAGGGCUCCAGCCAGACGGUGCUAGAGGUGAGCACGCCCCGCAUGGAGCAGCUCCCGCUGCUGGACGUGCGCGUCACGGACUUUGGCGAGCCCAACCAGAGAUUCGGGUUCRAGGUGGGACCAGUCUGUUUCCUCGGCUAG